AGCGGCCCGGCCCGGCGAGGAAGCGGCGGCAGCGGCGACGGCAACGGCGACGCCAGAGCCCGUGGGCGCCGUUCGCGAGGCCGUCGUGGCCCGGCCGCAGCGCGGGGAGGCCUGGGGGCUGGAAGCCGCCGCUGCCGCCAUGCCGCUGCUCUUCCUCGAGCGCUUCCCCUGGCCCAGCCUCCGCACCUACACGGGCCUCAGCGGCCUGGCCCUGCUCGGCACCAUCGUCAGCGCCUACCGCGCUCUCAGCCAGCCCGAGGCCAGGCCCGGGCCUGGGCCCGCCGAGGCGGAGCCGGUAACGGCCCCGGUGCAGCCAGACCCGGCCGCGCUCGUCCGGCCGAGCACCGGAGGACCCCGUGCCCGCGACGUGGCCCAGUACCUGCUCUCGGACAGCCUAUUCGUGUGGGUUCUAGUAAAUACUGCUUGCUGUGUUUUGAUGUUGGUGGCUAAGCUAAUCCAGUGUAUUGUGUUUGGCCCUCUUCGAGUGAGCGAAAGACAGCACCUCAAAGACAAGUUUUGGAAUUUCAUUUUCUACAAGUUCAUUUUCAUUUUUGGUGUGCUGAAUGUCCAGACAGUGGAAGAAGUGGUCAUGUGGUGCCUCUGGUUUGCUGGACUGGUAUUUCUGCAUCUGAUGGUUCAGCUCUGCAAGGACCGGUUUGAAUAUCUUUCCUUUUCUCCCACCACACCGAUGAGUAGCCAUGGUCGAGUUCUGUCUCUACUGAUUGCUAUGCUGCUUUCCUGCUGUGGAUUAGCAGUUGUCUGUUGUGUCACAGGCUACACCCAUGGGAUGCACACAUUGGCUUUCAUGGCUGCAGAGUCUCUUCUUGUGACAGUGAGGACUGCUCAUGUGAUUUUACGAUAUGUAAUUCACCUCUGGGACCUCAACCACGAAGGAACGUGGGAAGGAAAGGGAACGUAUGUCUAUUACACAGAUUUUGUCAUGGAGCUCACUCUGUUGUCCCUGGACCUCAUGCAUCAUAUUCACAUGUUGUUAUUUGGCAACAUCUGGUUAUCCAUGGCCAGCUUGGUCAUCUUUAUGCAGCUGCGUUACCUGUUUCAUGAGGUACAACGUCGAAUCCGCCGGCACAAGAACUAUUUGCGAGUGGUUGGAAACAUGGAAGCCAGGUUUGCGGUUGCAACUCCAGAGGAGCUGGCUGUCAAUAACGAUGACUGUGCCAUCUGCUGGGACUCCAUGCAGGCUGCGAGGAAACUGCCCUGUGGACAUCUUUUCCACAACUCCUGUCUUCGUUCCUGGCUAGAACAAGACACCUCCUGCCCAACAUGCAGAAUGUCUCUUAAUAUUGCCGACAAUAAUCGUGUCAGGGAAGAGCAUCAAGGAGAGAAUUUGGAUGAGAAUUUGGUUCCUGUAGCAGCAGCUGAAGGCAGACCUCGCUUAAACCAACACAAUCACUUCUUCCACUUCGAUGGGUCCCGGAUUGCGAGUUGGCUGCCAAGUUUUUCAGUCGAAGUGAUGCACACCACCAACAUUCUAGGAAUUACUCAGGCAAGCAACUCCCAGCUUAAUGCAAUGGCUCAUCAGAUUCAAGAGAUGUUUCCCCAGGUUCCAUACCACCUAGUACUGCAGGACCUCCAGCUGACACGCUCAGUCGAAAUAACAACAGACAACAUUUUAGAAGGACGAAUUCAAGUACCUUUUCCCACACAGCGGUCAGAGAGCAUUAGGCCUGCAUUGAACGGUCCUAUGGAGAGGCCAAACGGCGAGCAGGAGGACGGAGAAGCUUCCACCCAGACCGAGCGGGUGCCGCUGGACCUCAGUCCUCGGCUGGAGGAGGCACUGGACUUUGGCGAGCUGGAAGCGGAGCCCAGUGAAGGGGAGGACUUUGAGGCCCGGGGGAGCCGCUUCUCCAAGUCCGCUGACGAGAGACAGCGCAUGCUGGUGCAGCGCAAGGAUGACCUCCUGCAGCAGGCGCGGAGGCGUUUCUUGAACAGAAGUUCUGAAGAUGACUCAGCCUCGGACAGCUGCCUCCCCUCGGAAGGCACGACCUCUGACCCCAUGACCCUGCGUCGAAGGAUGCUGGCUGCUGCCGCGGAGCGGAGACUUCAGAAGCAGCAGAGCUCCUAGCGCCUCCUCCCGAGCCGAAGAGGCCUGUCCCCAGCUCUGCCUGCUGAGUGAAGGAGUGGGCUCAACUGCAUUGCGCUGUGUAAAGCACGUGGUCUUAAUAGUGUGUGGACAGCUGACAGAUUUAAUCCUUUUUUGUAAUACUUUCUAUGUGACAUUUCUCUUCCCUUUAGAAACACUGCACAUUUUAACUCUAA